AUGCUGGAGGCGGUGAUACUGGAGUCACAGACGCUGGAGGCGGAGGUGCCAAAGUCACAGACGCUGGAAGCGGAGGUGCCAAAGUCACAGACGCUGGAAGCGGAGGUGCCGAAGUCACAGACGUUGGAGGCAGAGGUGUCGGAGUCACAGACAGUGAAGCACGAUGCGAAGAUGCCUGAGGCAGAGAUAAUGGGCACGGGGGAGAAGGUGCCUGAGGCGGAGAUAAUGGGCGCAGGGGUGAAGGUGGAGAGGCUUGGCUCUGGGGUGGAGGCGCCUGAGGCGGAGAUAAUGGGCAUGGGGACGAAGGUGCCUGAGGCGGAGAUAAUGGGUGUAGGGGCAAAGGUGCCUGAGAUGGAGAGGCUUGGCUCUGGGGUGGAGGUGCCUGAGGUGGAGAUGCUUGGCUUUGGGGCGGAGGUGCCUAAGGUAGAGAUGCUGGGCACGGGGGUGGCCGUGACGCUGACGAUUGUAACUUAUGACGGUUGA